GCCAUCAGCUCAGACCGGAAGAUGGCGGCGGCCGCAGAGUUGGCGCUGCUGGAGAAGUCCCUAGGGCUGAGUAAAGGGAACAAAUACAGCGCUCAGGGCGAACGCCAGAUUCCAGUUCUUCAAACAAACAAUGGUCCAACUCUUACAGGAUUGACUACUAUAGCAGCUCAUCUAGUCAAGCAAGCCAACAAAGAAUAUUUGCUUGGAAGCACUGCAGAAGAAAAAGCUAUAGUUCAACAAUGGUUAGAAUACAGAGUAACUCGAGUAGAUGGAAACUCCAAUAAAGAUGAUAUCCGCAUUCUGUUGAAGGAUCUUAAUUCAUAUCUUGAAGAUAAAGUCUACCUUACAGGAUAUAAUUUUACCUUAGCAGAUAUCCUAUUAUACUAUGGACUCCAUCGCUUCAUAGUUGACCUGACAGUUCAAGAAAAGGAGAAAUAUCUUAAUGUGUCUCGCUGGUUUUGUCAUAUUCAGCAUUAUCCGGGCAUCAGGCAACAUCUGUCUAGUAUUGUCUUCAUCAAGAACAGACUAUAUACUAAUUCCCACUAGAAGCUACCUGAAAUACAGAAGAGUGACUAAAAAUAUUUUAAAUGGAAUGUGUAUUCUGGACCAGAGGACUAAUGUAAACUGAAAUGCAGUCAGUCUUUAUUUGCUGAAGUCGACAGAAUUUUCAAAAGAUAAACUUGUGUCUGAAUGUUUAUUUUGUUCUUUAGUUGAAAUUUUGCAAUUUUUUAAUGUAAAAAUUCAACUGCUAUCAAAAUU